AUGUCUCGCGUUCAUUCGGAAAGACUUCGAAUUAGACACACGGUUCUGAUUCCCGGGUACACUAGUGCAAUCCCAGCGAUUCGUAAAGCGGGGAGCACCGCGCCACCGGCAAUCCGGCGAUCAAACAGGCGGGAGGCCCACUAUGCUUCCACUCCAUGUCAGAAGGAUUUUGUGAAAUUCAAAGAGAGCUGUUACUGGUUUUCGUCGUCAGCGUUCCGAACAUGGGCUCAAGCCAAGGUAUAUUGCGAAAACAUCAAUGCUUACCUUACGACUAUUACGUCAGAUGAAGAAGACAGAUUUAUCCUGGAAUACCUGUUCAAAAACGCAUAG